AUGCCGACUGGCGCAGCGUCGUCCAGUUAUGGCCCCGAAACGAACGUGGUGGACAUCGUCAUUAUUGGUGCUGGCCUGAGCGGGCUAGUCGCCGCUGCCUACCUCAAAAAGGAGGGGAUAGACUCCUUUAUCGGCGCUGUAGGAGGCACCUGGCGCGACCACCACUUUCCAAACGCUGGGACAGACACCGAGGUGCCAACCUACUACCCGUCUUUCCUGCCGACCCCCGAGACUUCCUCGCAGUUUGGUGAGCGCGACGAGAUCCUGUCGUACUUUGCGCCCGUUUUUGCCCAUUUUCGGCCAGCCCUGGCCAAAGAAACCAGCACCUCAACCGGCUUCCCUGAGCGUCACAGCUCGGUGAUCGCGCCGGCCGGACACCACUGUAACGUCCGUUCCGGGCAUUUGAACGCGACCUUCGGGGGCAAAGACAUGGGCUCUAUCGAUGGGCUCUAUGGCUCAGACUGGACUCCUCUUGGUCCCUUCUGA